GCCCUAUGGUCUAAAGGUUUAUCAGAGAUUGUUAAAUCGUUUGUAAUAUACAGGUAUGGUGCAUAGAUAAAGAACUGCCUACUUUAUUCUAUGCAUCGUAGAUGUUUUCAAGAUUACAACAACAAUUAUAGUGAUACGAUUAUAAAUAUGUAUGCGUCAUUAAAAAACAUGGUCAGCAUUUGAUGUCAGUGUGACGUCAUAAAGUGAAUCUGAAACCAAGCACGAACAUAAAUAGUUAUAAUUUAGCGACAAUACUUAACUCGUAGUAAGUUUUAAGCAGUGAAACAGUACUGUGAAAACUGGAUGGGAAUGCAUUUUGAAAAGGAGUUACGAACUACCUACUCUGUUUGAGAUCGAGUAUUUUCAAACCAGAUUCGUUUAACGUCCGUAUUUAAAUGCGUGAAGCAGUUAGUGGGUUGAGUUUGUAACGAAUUGCAAGAUAAAAUCCUUUCAAUUCUCACAGACGUGCUGCUCCAUGCAGAAUUUACAGAAACCUGGCUAGGGAAAACCUGGAUAGGAAAACAAUUGAUUGAUUUGAGUUCAUACGCGAGUAUCGGCAAGUCCAGAGAGAAUCAUGUUAACCCUGGUUCUGUGAAAACCACAUCUAAUGCUGGGAUACGAAUUUCAAAACGUUCACACUAUGUAUUAAUGUUCAUUAAAGCUGUUAUUGGAAUAUUAGUAAUAUAAUUGUUAGUUGUUUUACAUGAUCAACCUGGAGCUUUGAAAACCACUUCUAAAGCUAGGAAUACAAAUUGCAAAGCGGUGGCACAUGUAUUAGUGUUCAUAAACUGUUAUUGGAAUAUUAGUAAUAGAAUAGAUAGUGGUUUUAUAUGUUCAACCUGGAUAUCUAAAAACUCACGUCUAAAGCGUGGGAUACGAAUUUCAAAGCGUUGACACAAAAGCAUUAGUGUUCACAAAAACCUGUUAUUGGAAUAUUAGUAAGAGAAUUGUUCGUUGUUUUACAAUGAUCGCUCACUGUGAUUCGGAUAAUCACUCUGUGAGGGAAUGUGCAAGUUGCAUGUUAAUCUAAAUAUAUCGCAACAGAUGUCUGUCUAGAUGAUCUUGAAUAUGUUCGACGUUGGAUAUUAAUAAAGUUGUUUAUUACUAAUUUAAGUGUAUCCAUGUGGAAUAUUUUCUAAUAAAUGUGAAAUUAUAAAAAAUGACAAAAGUGUGACGUGUGUGGAGUUUAAACCAGGAAGGUGUAUAAGUGAAUUGAUGGGAUUAGUGAAACUUUUUCUUAUAUAGAUUCAAGGUGUUUAUGACAAAAUUUCAAACACCCUACCUAAAGUGACAGAUGCAUGAGAUGGGGAAUUUUUGGACGAGAUUCUUCAAACAUAAAGACGUCCGGAUUUUAAUGCUAGGUUUGGACGGGGCGGGGAAGACCACCCUGUUAUACCGCCUUAAGCUGGGGGAGGUGAUGACACAUGUUCCCACUAUAGGGUUUAACGUGGAGCAACUGCACUAUAAAAACAUCACGUUCACCACAUGGGACAUUGGCGCUAGAGACAAAAUGCGCCCCCUGUUCCGCCAUUACUACAAGGGCACGGACGCUGUUGUCAUGGUGAUAGAUGGUGCGGACUCCGAGCGUCUGGAGGAGCUAUACUGUGACGUCAUCAAGCCUGCUCUGCACGCGGAGGAGCUUGCACACAGCAUCUUCCUGUUCCUGGUUAAUAAACGAGACCUUCCCGAGUGUCUGAGUGCUGAGGAGGUUGCUGACAAGUUGAACUUGAAGGCGUUGAAACAUUCCUGGCAUAUCCUGGAAACCAGCGCCGUUCGAGGGGACGGACUUACUGACAGUAUGGACUGGCUCGCAUCUCAUCUGGGCCCCACUUCCGGACAGGGUCACCGGAAACAGCAAUCUCCACAGGGAUCCCAUGACGCCAUUCCUAAUGACGUCAAACGAAAAAGUGACCUCACCUGUGAUAAAAAUGAUAAAAGUGAUAAAAAUAGAAAACAACACUCUUCAAGUUUAAAUGACGUCAGAAAUGACGUCCCAAACGGUGAUUUAAGACCGCCUUCAGGAAUAUCGGACUCAAAGGAAGUUUCCCCAGCAAAAGACUUUUGUCAUUUUAACAGAGCAUACAGUGCUUUCCGGUGCUUUUUUAUUCGUCCAAGUGUACCACCUGACACUGACAGCGACGACGAUGAUUGAUGUGAAGUAGUGCUAGUAUUAAAAUUUGCAGUUAUUGCUGCUUAUAUUUCAAAGUCUUAAGAAUUAUUAAUAACUGGGUUUCAAUUUUCUAUGUAAAACUCUUAAAGUGACUCGCUCAUGUUUUUGAACCAAAAUUAUUUUUUCUGAAAACACUUAUUUUAGAAUUAUUUUAGUCUUUGAUACCGAAAGUGCAGGAAAAUGAGUAAAAAAGUAUUAUGGUUUUAGUGAGGAGAGUAACUUGAUUGGAGACUUUGGUAACAUUACGUGAUAAUGUAAUCUACCAAUCACGCAACAUGCACCUCGGUUUUCUAUUUUUUAUCAAAAUUGUGGUCUUCAAAGAAAAUAUUUGAGCAAAUAUCAACAUUUGCUGAAGGUGUUUGCUGUAGUUUCAACACUCCUAAUGUUUUGCUACAAUAUAUUUCGUGUUUUUUGUUCGUUGAAAGUACAUUUUACAAACCAUGAACGAGUCCCAUUAUAACAUAACGUUUGCUGCAUCUGAUAUUUGUUUUUGUUUGUUUUUUAUCGCUAUAUGAUGGCAUUUUAGAUAAAUCUAGUUGAAACCAGUCACUGCAGACAGAUAGUGAUGAUUUUUUUACCAUUCACAACACAUCGGCCAUUUCCCAUCGAAAACGACCUUGGACGGUUUAUGCACCAGUCAAUUGUAACCACGGUCCCCCCAGGUCCGGGGAAUAGCCGGGACUUUGACUUUCGGGCCAGCCAACCCCGGGUAAAAUCCCCGCCCUGCGGGGACGAACUGAUGGCUAAACCCCGGCCAAAUGCCCUCGCACCCCAGAGACUCUAUAUAAGGCUCAAUCUCCGCUAAAUUUGGCGCUAUGACAAAACCACCGCGGUCACCCUGCCCUGCGGGGGCACCUGGAAAGUAAAAACACGGCCCUUUUCCCCUGCUAUCCCCGGUAUACCCCCGGACCUGGGGGGGGGGCGUGGUUACAAUUGACUGGUGCAUUACAAUGUCAGAAAUCUUUACAUUUAACUACGCUGACUGAAGAAGUGAUUUCAAUGUAGCAGUUACACUUGAGGCAUUACUCUUGGGAAUCUUAUAAAUAAUGAUUUAUGCAAUAAUACACUUCACUGGCAAUCAAUUUAAACUUAGUAAUACAAAAUACACGUUACAACACUACACAAAUUUAUUAAUUAUUUAUUUUACAAACUACUUCUAUCGAUGUACCAGCAUACGUCCGAGGUUGUUUUCGACGAGUUCCGAAUGAUUUUUUUUCAGUUGAACACGAUAAAAUAAACAAGACAGUUUUGAGGUUUUCGUCAAUUUCUUUUAAAUUUAAAAACACGUUUACAAAAUGUAAAGAUGUUUGCGUUUCUCUUUCGCAACAUAUGUGCACUAGAUUUCAUAAUAAUAUUUAUUAUAAACAUGUAUAUCGAGUUCAUAACUUGUGUUUCGUGUAUAAUAUUAUUUAAUUUUAGUGUAUUAUCAUUGUAUUUAAUUGUCUUUCAUUGUUCGGCCUUUGAUACAGAUAAUAUAUUUUAGAUCAUCUUACAUUUAUGGUUUGUUGUAUUUGUAUUAAUAAACAGGA